AGUACUUUGGUUUUUCCCAGGGUGAACCUCAUCCGAGGGGCCUGGGAUUUUCAGCUCAAAGUCGUGAAAUUCAUAAAAAUAUUAAUCUCCGUGGUUGUAAGUUUAUUUUUCAAGCCAAUAACGAAGUUGAAACCCGUUAGCAAUGGGGAAGGGAUUCAAUAAUUACAUGUGCAAGAAAUUCUUCCACCCUGCGUCGAGAGAUAAUUUAAAACGAGUAUGGAUGGCAGAGCAGCAGGCUGAGGCAUAUAAAAAAAAGCAAGAAGAGUUACGUGUACAAUAUGAAAAGGAACAAGACCUCCACAAUAACAAGGCUCUAUUGAGUAAGGAAAGCAAGGACAAACUCAGUGUUAAUUUUAUGUAUGAGCCACCACCAGGAGCUAAAAAAGAAAGAGAAAAAGAGGACAACGAACCAGAGUACAAGUUUGAGUGGCAACGGAAGUACAAUGCACCUAGAGAGAGUUAUUGUAAAGGCGAUAGCGAAAUUAGAGAUCAACCAUUUGGUAUACAGGUCCGUAACGUGAGGUGCAUAAAAUGCCACAAAUGGGGUCACAUCAACACAGAUAAGGAAUGUCCACUUUACAGUCAAGCUAUGAGCGUUGUAUUGGCUAGUGCACAAACUCAGCCAGCUUCACCAGCUCCUGAUGCUCUCAUAUUAGUCCAACAGAUGAGGGAUGAUGGACUGGCGCUAAAGAAAUCAGCACUCGAUGCUCAGCAGCAUCUUAGGGUACCCGAGCAUCAGGAUUUGAUGGUUUCGGAAGACGAGGAACAAUCUGAAGUCAAUUUUCUCAAAUCUCUUUCGAAAAAAGAAAAGAAAAAACUGCUCCGAAAAUUACAAAAGCUUGAAAAGCGAAGCAAAAAAGGAAAAAAGAAGAAGGCAAAGAAACAUGAAACCAAGUCUAGCAGUAGCGAUGAGAGUGCAUCUGAGAGUACAGAUACAGAGAAUGAGAAGAGAAAAAAUAAAAAGAUCAAAUCCAAAAGGGAAUCGACGUUGAACAUGGACCAUGUGGAUAAUCAAAAGGAUCCAGAAAGACGGAAAAAGAACGAUAGAAAAGAUGGGAAUAAAAAGGACAUCAAAUAUAGAGUUGAUGAUAGAAAUCGCGAAGGAAAAGAAAACCAUAGAAACAGAUCUAGUAAAGAACAUAGCAGCGGAAGAAAGAGAAGUCAUAGCGAAUCUGAUGAAGAUCGGCACACACACAGAAGAAGAGAGGGAAAAAAGAAAAAAUAUUAAUUACAACCAAGUCAACCUAGAAUGUACAAUUCAUCAUGUUCUUGUUUUUGGACAUAAGGCCCUAGGAUCCGUUUGUUAGUCCGUUAAAAAAGGACAUUUCUAUUUUUCGUAUUUUUAAUUAUGAUCACUACUUAUUCUAUUGAACUUUUCUGUAGCCUGGAAUGUUUCUGAAACGAAUUAUUUGAUAUCUAGAAUCACUCAUUUCUACCGUCUAAAAUUCUGUACAUAAGUAACAUUUCUAAUACACGUUAGGAGAAAAAUAGCACUACAAAUAUACAGCUCUGUACCAAAUUAUUAAAUUUUGAAUAAAAUCCAAUCCCUAAUAA